AAUAAAAAAUGUUGUUUGAGAUAUCAAGAAAGAAAAAAGGUCUGGACCUGAAGCGAAAAGAUAUUAUUAUGUGUUUGAGAUACAGUGUUGGUCUGGAUGAAUGGAAUGAGGCAUGCGGCCGUUGCCUUUUUUAUACCAGGAACAGAGAGGUCGUCUGUUGGUUGUAGAGGGGGGAUAAUGGCCAGCGAGGAUGUAUGAAAACGUCAGAGGGUUGUGGAUGCAAAAGCACGGGCAUAAUGACAAAAGCAGACAUGUGCAUAUUAUCACCUUCCUUUU